AAGACACGCUAUUCAUGGAUAAAAAUCCGAGGUAAUCGGACCAGCGGAAAAGUUGUGCGCAAGAUAUGUAGAAAACGACAACAAUUUAUUUUGCUGAGGUUUUUUUUUGGUUCGAUCAGGCGACUUUGCUGAUCGCGAAUUAUUAUAAAAGUGCAGGGGUUGUCUGAACUGACGAGCACACAAGGAAACGGCGGCGGCGCUUCAGGGAAGAAGUGCCGUGGUGAGAAAGAUUCUUAUCUCUCUCACACCAAUCACAGCCGCACCCGAUACGCAUCCGACAGCAUUUCUCUACAUUCUCUGCAAUAGCAUGGCCAGGUCUAGUAAAGCGACUUUAGUGUUGCUUAUCUACGGAAUCAUAAUGCACUUCAGCGUCUACUGCACACCCAUCGGGCUCACCUACCCCAAAUUAAGACUUGAAAAUGAUGUAUUUGACGAAGACGGGAACUCAUUAAGUGACCUGGCGUUUGACAAUGAUCAGAUUGCUAUAGGAAGCCCUGUCACGGACGAUGUUUACACGCUAUACUACCCUCCGGAGAAGAGCGGAGGAAGCGACAUGGAGGAAGAUUCGCAACCAUCAAAAAGACAUUCGGACGGGAUUUUCACUGACAGCUACAGUCGCUACAGAAAACAGAUGGCCGUCAAAAAAUACCUCGCAGCAGUCUUGGGAAGAAGGUACAGACAGAGAUUUAGAAACAAAGGACGUCGGUUUUCCUAUCUGUAGCGUCGAUAAAACAGCCACCACCCACCCCUUCUCCCAUGUGUACAUUCUAUCCUAAGAUCAAGUCAUCCUGAUAUAACUGACUAAUCGGUGAAUCGCGCCUGUGUUCUUUUAAACAUGUAUUUAUGUAUGAAGUAAAGCCAUUAAAAUGAAUAUUUUAAUAAUAA